GGUCGAGGAGGAGAUAACGAAGAAGGGGCAAACUUCGCGGGAACCGCGAACUAUCGAUCUUCGCGCACCCCCCUUUGUUCGUCGCGGUCUACCUCGGCCAGUGAUAGUGUUUUUCUUAUUUUCGUGCAGCCGGUUGAAAGAAAACUAGAAAUUUCGGAAUUUUAAAACUAGUGAAAAUAUGUCACUUUCGAGUAUGUACAAGCGGGCGCUCGUGCGUUACCCGGUGCUGGUGCAAUCCGUUCAAUCGGGCCUGCUAAUGGGUGCCGGGGAUGUUAUUGCGCAAGGAUUUAUCGAGCGCAAGGACUGGAAAUCAUUCGAUGGGUUACGAGCUUUCAAAUUUUUCGGCAUUGGAUUUUGCGUUGGAGGUCCUGGACUGCGGAAGUGGUACGGUGUGCUGGACCGGCACAUUGGCCAACGGGGAGGAAGCAAAGCGGUCACUACGCUGAAGAAGGUUGCCCUGGACCAGCUCAUCUUUGCACCGAUCUUUCUGGGAACGCUGAUCGGUACGAUCGGAUUGUUGCAGGGGCACAACAUAGGCGAGAUAAAGCGGAAAAUGCGCCACGAGUACGGUGACAUUCUGCUGACGAACUACUACGUGUGGCCGUGGGUACAGCUGGCCAACUUCUAUCUCGUGCCACUGAACUAUCAGGUGCUGCUGGUGCAAUCGGUGGCCGUAUUUUGGAACACGUAUCUGUCGUGGAAAACAAACCAGGCAGAGUCGACGAAACCGCGGCUUGCACUGGCGCACGAUGCUAUCGCACCCGGCGAUGAUACGGUCGCUACGUAAAGCUCGUAUCAGCAUCAGAAAUUUACACGGAACGAGAACCGAGCUGGUUCUCACGAAGGCAGCGACUAUUGUGAUAUUGAUCGUGGACGGAAAGAGGACGGAAGUAACAUUUUAAGAAUACACCAAAGGGAGGGAAAGCUUCCCCUCCAUAGAAGGCGGUCGAAAUGAAGUUCCAUCAAUGGAACAUUGUUAAGCGAGAUAGGAACGCGCAAUCUUAUCUCCGGUUAGUUAAAUGACCUCUAGAAGUUACAAUUUGUUCCAAACUCCUCAACACAACCGUAGGUAAGCCUGUUUGUAAACAAUCGGCCCGAACGCUUUCCGCGCAUUACGAUUCACGUGUUUUAGGCACAGUGCCUAGCACGUGCCGUCUUAUAGAAACAUAGCAAAAGGUGCCAUUGACUAACCGUGAUUGCAGGAAGUAAUUCAAAAUUACGAAACCAUCCCCGUUCGGUCUUAAUUGGAUUCCUGCCGCUCGCAGUUGUUUGUUCGGGCCACCAUGAACGUAACUGCACCAAAAUGGCCAUACAAGCAUAUAGAGGAUAGUUUCAAGGCUUAGGAUGCAGCAGAAACGUAAAGUUCUUUUCGUAGAAAAAAACAAUUGUACUUGUGACUGCUUGGCCGUCCUUAUAGCAAUGCAUGACAGUAGACAAAGUGGCAAAAAGGGACAUACGUGCCAAUGCUAGUGCCCCGUACCAGCACGCCAAGAGGAAGUCAGUCAAUCAGCUCCCCCUCGUGGCCUAGGGAUCCUUCAAUUCCAUUUAUUAUCCUGCCAUUUUAUUUGGCAUAACACGCAUAUGUUGACAAGGUAGUUAAUAAAAACUGUCCUUUUACACCGACUUUAUUCUU